AUGACUACCACCACUACCCACGCGGAGUUUGGCAAGCAAACCGAAGCAUUCACAGUAGCAGCAGCCUUCCCAGAAUCCAUCAAAGGCCGCACCGUGAUCAUUACAGGUGUCAACAAACAAGGCAUCGGCUACUCCACCGCCGAAGCCUUUGCAUCCCAAGGACCCGCACAUCUAAUUAUCGCAGGCCGUUCGCAAGCCAAACUGCAGGAAUGCCACGACGCUCUCAAAGCCGCAUACCCUGCUGUGGACACCCGCACAUUGAUCAUCGACCUCAGCUCUCAGAAAUCCGUGCGUGCCGCCGCCGCCGAACUCAACGGCUGGGCAGAUAUCCCGACGGUGGACAUCCUCAUCAACAACGCCGGCAUCAUGAACAUUCCCAAGCGGACGUUCACCGAAGACGACGUGGAGCUCACCAUGGCGACGAACCACGUCGGUCACUACCUCUUCACGAACUUGAUCUUCCCGAAGCUCAUCGCCGCAGCGAAGAACGCGCCCAAAGGGUCGGUCAGGGUCGUCAACCUCGCGAGCAUGGGUGUGAAUGCAUCGGCAAUCCGAUUUGAUGAUCUGCGCUAUGAAAAGGGGGCUUCGCAGCUGCCGGAGCAGCAGAGACCGAACUUUGCGAUGAUGAAGGCUUUUGGGUUCAACUUUGAUGAGGAGCUCGGAUAUAACUUCAUUGCCGCUUAUGGAGCAAGCAAGACCGCAGCCGUGGUCUUCAGUGUCGGGCUGAACGAGCGAGCCUAUGAGAAACACGGCAUACUCUCGCUCAGCGUCAACCCCGGAGAAAUCAAGACCGAACUGUCCCGCAACAGCCCACAGGAAUUUCUCGACGGCCUCAAGGACGUAGAGACAAAGUAUGGGAUCGUGUUCAAAAGCCUGCAGGCAGGUGCGAGCACAACCUUGGUGGCGGCGACGGAUCCGAAGCUGAGCCUCCCGGAAAGUGAUGGGCACGGAGCGUUCCUUAGCGACUGUCAAUUAGGGAGGGUGCCGGCUUAUGCGACUGGGAAGGAGGAGGCACAGAAGCUGUGGGAGGUCAGUGAAGGGUGGGUUGGGGAGAAAUUCGCUUGGUAG